UCUGGGCCUGGGAACCGCCGCCAGCUCUCGCGAGUCUUGCCUGGAGUCGGAGCACGGGGCCAGAUCGUAAGGAAAGCUGUAGUUUAGGGCGAGAAACAUGUCGGAUUCAGAGCUCGGCAGGAAGUGGGACCGGUGCAUGGCAGAUACGGUCGUCAAGAUAGGUACUGGUUUUGGAUUAGGACUUGUUUUCUCACUUACCUUCUUUAAAAGAAGAAUGUGGCCGCUGGCCUUCGGUUCUGGCAUGGGAUUGGGGAUGGCCUACUCCAACUGUCAGCAUGAUUUCCAGUCUCCGUAUCUUCUACACGGAAAAUAUGUCAAAGAGCAGGAGCACUGACUUCCGCCUGAGGACACCCAGUGGGAGGAAAGAGCAGCCCCGCUUCCCUCAGGAACACUGAAGUGCUCUGGAGUGAGCCGCACUCUUCUGUGACGAUGUUUUCAGCAAGGCUUUAAACGCCAGCGCGCUGUUUAUGUAUUUGAAACCAAGUCUGUUUCUUGUUUUGUAUUUUCUCUCUGGAAAUUGCAAGGAGGUGGUCUUAAAAGAAAUAAAUUAAACAAAAAUAGGCA